GCUGUGUUGGGCGGUCAGCUGCUUGUGCUGUCUGUCCCUUUAGAUCUGCAAGGGCUCACAGCAGCAGGACAGAUUAGUCUGAUCUCAGCAUGCUGCGCCAUCCCCGCUCUGACUGCGAGCGCUUUCUACUGGUUUAUGCAUCCUACAGUCCUAGUCGUGCGGCUUGCCAUGCGGUCCCGGUGCGUGGAUCUGGACAAUGAAUAACACCAGCUUGGCGCUGGUUGGAGCGGGCAGCUUGGAGAGCCCACCGGCGCACAGAGCUCUAACAGGCUGCGUCCUGGUGCUGCUCAUCAUCUGGACGCUUUUGGGCAACAUGACAGUGUGCGCGGCAGUUUGUAGAUACCGCCACCUGCGCGCCAAGGUGACCAACAUCUUCAUCGUGUCUCUGGCUCUGUCGGACCUCCUCGUCGCGCUCUUGGUGAUGCCGUGGAAAGCCGCGGCCGAGGUGGCCGGCUUCUGGCCGUUCGGCGGUUUCUGUAAGACGUGGCUGGCCUGUGACAUCAUGUGCUCCACGGCCUCCAUCCUUAACCUGUGCGUCAUCAGCGUGGACCGGUACUGGGCCAUCUCCAACCCGUUCUGCUACGAGCGGAGCAUGAACAGGAGGGUGGCCUUCAUCAUGAUCGGCGUGAUUUGGACUGUAUCUGUGGUGAUCUCCUUUGUUCCGGUGCAGCUGGACUGGCAUCGGGCGGAAAUCAGUGACCCCGGCGGGCGGACUACGACCCCACGCGUGGAGAGCACCAACAGAAGCUGUGACUCCAGCCUGAGUCGCACUUACGCGAUCUCCUCCUCCCUUAUCAGCUUCUACAUCCCUGUAGUGAUCAUGAUCGUCACCUACACCCGGAUCUAUCGGAUCGCACAGACGCAGAUUCGGGUGAUAUCCUCCCUGGAGCGCGCGGCAGAGCACGCCCAAAGCUGCCGGACACAUGUUCCAGAGCUCUUCCCACACAUGUGCACAGAAAUCGGAGCCAGCUCCUAUCAGCCCCGCAUCAGCAUCCACCCUGUUACCCAGUGCCCAGAUCAAUCACACCGGGAGCUGAGAGUCUCCAUCAGAAAGGAGACCAAAGUGCUGAAAACUCUCAGCAUCAUAAUGGGGGUUUUCGUCUGCUGCUGGCUGCCCUUCUUCGUCCUGAACUGCGCUCUUCCAUUCUGCCCCGAACCAGGGGCCCCGGGGGCCCAUCGCGGCCCCUGCUGCGUCAGUGAAAAAACCUUCGAUGUCUUCGUGUGGAUCGGGUGGAGUAACUCCUGCUUGAAUCCGGUGAUUUAUGCGUUUAACGCAGACUUCAGAGACGCCUUCCUUCGCCUGCUGCGCUGCCGCGGCAGAGGCUUCCUGUCGGCGGUGAGCACCGCGGUGGAGACCAUGAUGGCGGGCAACGAGGCCGGCCAGAAGAGGCGCGACAGCACCCUGAAGCCGAAGCUCAGCGUGUCCGUGAACACGCGUGGGAGUCAAGACAGCGGGGACACCACCAUGGUGGUGUUUUAUCACGGAAGGGCCACGAUGGAGCAGGGGACGGACACUGAGGAAAGACUGACACAGAUACCCAGAUAAAUCCCAAAUCUAUGCACAUUUUGUUACAUUUGAGUUACAUUUAAAUGGUUUUUGACUGUUAAACAAAUGAAUCAAAACAAAUAGGUUUUAUUUUUCAAAUAUGGCAGUCCAAAAGUUUCACACUUUGUUAAAAAGCCAAAGACAUUAAUCUAGUUUGUAGAAUCUUUCCUAAAUUAAUCAAAAUGGAAACAAAGACGUGGAUAUUUAACCAUUUUAUAAAUUGUGAAAGUCCUAUUUUGUUUUUCCAAAAUUGUUAUUGUUUUCAAUAUAUUUUUUCUUAAUUCAUACAUAUUUAAUCGGAUAGGUUUUUUUUUAUAUCUUAACUUAAAGUACCAAAAAUGUUCCGGGCUGAUAUAUAUGAUAGUAGGUGAUUAUAUUUGUGAGUAAUCACAUAUUGUAAGUAAAUCACUUUAUUAUUCUUUUCAUUUUGCAGCACGGUUCAAUGAUGGGAAAAGAAACUCACCUCAGUCACCUGUUCGCCCUUCAUACAGGUCUUUGCUGACGCGUUUAAACCUCCUGUUUAACAUCAUUUUUAUAGCAAAUGAGAGAAUUCAAUGACUCACUUAACCCCACGCCCCUCCACCACCAAAAAGUUCAUAAAAAAAAUGAAAUCUUAAGAAAGAAACCCACUCUUUAGCCUUCUGGGUCCCUGGGCUGCAUGGUAAAAUGACCUGCAGAUGAGCUUUAAAGUUAUGAAGUGCAUUAUUUUGAUAUUAGAUAACCUUUUUAAAUAUUUCCCACCAGCCUGACCAGGACACUAAAGGAAGAAGUGGGAGAAUAUUGAUGGAUAGAUAUUUUUUUCUUACACUAUAUUGAAUACUGCCAUCUUCUUUUCUUAUAAUUGAAGUAUUUUUCCAGAAAUUUUAUCCACUAACAUAUUACCAAAGAAUCUGAAUGUUGUGGGAUUUUAAAAACUGCUUUCAACAAUUCAAAAAAACAAAAUAUCCUCUUUAUAAAUGUAGUGAUAGUUAUUGGUCUUAGCUUUUUCCUAAUAACAAUGAUGCCGCACUAAUUGUCAAUAUUUUAGGUUAAAUGUUACCAAUGAUGCAUUGUGACCCACAUGUGCUGGGCAUAUACGUGACAGAAAUGCACAUUGAUGAUACUAGUGAGAUCCAGGUCUACAGCCUUCUGAAACAAACCUACAAAAAUGCAGUAAAAGCUAAACCUCUCACGUACACAAACCAAAAAUGUCUGAAGGUGCAGUCACACAAAGUAGAAUGAAGAAAUUAGGUCAAUGUUGAUCUCUUGUCUGAGGGCAUUUUGGCUCAUUUCUGUGAGGUGGAUUUGCCUAUACGUCAUGACAUGCAAAGCAUUGUGAGAUUGCUUAUAGC